ACACAAAUCCCUGUGGUCCCUUACCAAUCCCGGUUUCUCCUCUCAAUUCCUAGGAAUCCCCCCACAACCCUAAACCCUCUUGUGCUUGGGAAGAAGAAGAAGUGGUGACUGGAGUGAAGUGGAGUGGAAUAGGAGAAUUUGAUCUUCAAAAAUAAAAGAGGGAUCGGCAACUGCAGCUCAGUUCUCCUUUCCCACCACAGCCACAGGUUCAAGAAUCAAAGCACCUUCUUGAAUCCUUUCAUUGCCUGUUUUCUUGGAAUCAUAUCCUACUUGUGCUAGUUUUGUUUUAUGAUUAGGUCCUUCAUUUGGGUGUAUAUUUGCAUCUGUGUUGUUAUUCCUUUGUCCUGAGCUGUUGUAUUCGGACACCCGGUCAUUGAAUGGAGUCCAACAAGAAAAAUACAAAUCAAGAAGACAAAAAAGAAGAGGCGGAGGGGCUGCAGGAGGGUUCGGAAAUAGAAUAUGUGAGCUACGGCGGAGAACAUCACCUGCCGCUUAUCAUGAAUCUUGUUGACCAAGAACUCAGUGAACCCUACUCCAUCUUCACUUAUCGCUACUACUUCGUCUAUCUCUGGCCCCAACUCUCCUUUCUAGCCUUCCAUGAUGGUAAAUGUGUGGGGACUGUGGUGUGCAAAAUGGGAGAGCACCGGAAUACUUUGAGAGGCUACAUUGCUAUGCUUGUUGUACUUAAGCCUUACAGGGGCAGAGGCAUCGCUACAGAGCUUGUUACUCGAUCCAUUAGAGUAAUGAUGGAUUCAGGGUGCGAAGAGGUGACCUUGGAAGCAGAAGUUACAAAUAAAGGAGCACUGGCUCUAUAUGGCCGUCUUGGUUUCAUCAGGGCAAAGAGGCUUUUCCGGUAUUAUUUGAACGGAGUUGAUGCUUUCCGGCUCAAGCUGUUGUUUCCCCGGCCAGAGGCACACCAGCAUCAGUCAAUUAUGAAACUGGGAUUUGGGACCUACGAACUGGGUAGCGAUCAACAAAACGAGGAAACCUCUGCUGAAUGAUAACUAGUGAACCUUUUUCAGUUUCUUUGUCUUUAUGACCUUCCACUAUUUUUAUACUGCAAGCAAGUCAAUUGAUAGAUCUCUGGAAUAUAUAAUUAUAGGAUUGUAUUUGGCUGUUUUUGUCUUUGCGUACUGUAAUCAAAUGACCAGAUUCAUGGUUGUAAAUGGUCCCUUAUUACGCUGUAAAGUGUCCAGAGUAUCAUACAAUUCGGACUAUGUCCCCUCAUCUAAACUUAGAUUGAAUGAACUUCCUUGACAAGCAAUCACCUA